CACUCUCUACCAAUUAAAGGAAGGAAAGAAAGAAAUAACGAAAGAAAUUCUAGUUGAGGAAGCUAAGAGAAUCGCUUUUGUUAUUUUCUCUAAACUUCUUGCUAAAUUUAUCACUAGAUUCUGAGAUUCAAUGAUGCAUUGUUUUACUUUUCUUUUUGUAAGGUGCUUGGUAGGUUUUGAUUUCAUAUGCUGUCUUGAUUAAAGCUUAUGAUAUCCUGUCUGACGAGGACAAGAGGAAAAACUACGACCUAUAUGGAGAUGAGAAGGGAGCUCCUGGAUUUGAUGCUGGUGGUGCUGGAGAUCAUGGUGGAUAUACAUACUUCACAAGUGGUGGACCAGGACAAAGUGGGUUUAACUUCGGGCCAGGUGGUAUGGGUGGUGGACAAGGAGGUUCAAAAUCAUUUUCAUUUUCCUUUGGUGGUCCUGGCAGCCAAAGCUCUUUUGGUGGCUUUGGUUUAGAUGAUAUAUUUUCCAACAUGUUUGGGGGUGGUAUGGGAAGUGGGAGUCAAUUUGGGGGUUUUGGUGGCUUUGGUGGUUCAGGCAGGUCUCAGUCUAGAACCAGGAACUCUGCCAAGAGCAUCCCUUCCAUAAACUCACAAAUGUAUAAGAAAGAAAUUUCUGAUAAAGGAAUGACUUGGCUGUUACUAUCUCACACAUCUACAUCAAGAGGUAUCCAAUAUUAUGAAUCUGUCAUUGGAGAAGUUGCAAACUCACUGGAUGGGGCAAUGAAGGUGGGGAGCAUAAACUGUGAAACUGAUGCAUCUUUUUGCAAGAGUCUUGGCAUAUAUCCUCGCAAUGCGCCAAGAUUGUUCGUGUAUUCAUUAAAAUCAAGUGGGAAUGGUGCUUUAGUGGAGUACAGUGAUGAUUUAGUUGUGAAAAGGGUGAAAAGUUUUUGCCAUGACCAUCUUCCUAGAUUCUCAAAGCGAGUAGAUUUGGGCCACUUUGAUUUUGUUUCCCAGACUGUUGGAGGUUUACCUAAAGUGAUGCUUCUCUCUACAAAGAAAGAUACACCAGUUAUUUGGCGUGCUCUUAGUGGCUUGUAUCAAAAUCGUUUUGUCUUCUACGAUGCACAGGUUCGUGAUGCAUCUGAUCCUGCUGUCCGAAGGUUGGGAGUUGAUGAUCUUCCUGCCAUUGUUGGCUGGUUAUCCAAUGGGGAGAAGCAGAUUUUGCGAACAGGAAUUUCUGUGAAAGAUCUAAAGUCAGCAAUUCAGGAUCUAAGUGGAUUACUGGACAAUUUUGAAAAGAAAAAUAAGGAGGCAGCUUCAGCACAGAGUAAAAGAGAGCAGAGUGAACCAGAUGCUAAGCAAGUACCUGUCCUUACAGGCUCUAAUUUCAAUGAUAUUUGCGGGGAGAAAACUCCUGUUUGUGUGAUUGGUGUUUUCUGGUCAUCUAAGGCAAAGGAUAAGCUAGAAAAAGUUCUAUCCUCGGUCUCUCAAAAAUCAUUGUCAAGACGACGGAAUACAGCCUAUAGCUCAAGAGAUUCAGUUUCGUACGCACUUUUGGAUGCAGCGAAGCAGCGGUCUUUCUUGAACGCGUUUGAAAAAUCAGGAUUUAAAUCAUCAGACAAGGUCCUUCUUGCGUACAAGCCGCGGAAGGGUAAGUUUGCAGUUUUUAAUGGGGAAGUUACUACUGAAGAAGCAGAGAGUUUCAUUAGCUCCGUUCUCAGUGGGGACGUACAAUUUUCCAACACCAGACAGAAACCUAUAGCAAAGUGAAAAAUAGGAACUAACUUUAGUGGAAAUGAAAAAUACUGAGAUAUGGAAUACAUGUACAGCCAGUGCUUCAAGGUAGCUCCCUUAUUUUUGUUCAUUAAGCCCUUCGUCAUGAGCUGGUCUUCGGAAGAAGAAGAUUUUGCAGCAAGCUGAUUAACCGUUGCCAGAGUGGGGUUCUUUUUUCGUUUGAUAAAAAAUGCAUACAAUAGCAGCAUACAACUGAACUUAAUGUGUAGCAUGUAUGUUUUGCCAAUGUUUCUAUAGUCUGAUUCUCAAGUUUGUUGCAAUUUCUCAUUUAUAAUCUUAUAUUAGACUAGUUAGACU